AUGGGCGACGGCCGCGGCGGAGGGUCAAACCGCCCCGCGUGGCUGCAGCAGUACGAGCUGGUGGGUAAGAUCGGCGAGGGCACCUACGGCCUCGUUUUCCUCGCGCGCCUCAAGCCAACGCAUCCCCAGGCUGCUGGCCGCCGCGGCUCCCCCAUCGCCAUCAAGAAGUUCAAGCAAUCCAAGGAGGGCGAUGGCGUCUCGCCUACCGCCAUCAGAGAGAUCAUGCUCCUGCGCGAGAUCAACCACGAAAAUGUCGUCAAGCUCGUCAACGUCCACAUCAACCACGCCGACAUGUCCCUCUAUCUCGCCUUCGAUUACGCCGAGCAUGACCUCUAUGAGGUUAUUCGGCAUCACAGAGAGAAGCUUAACCUCUCCAUUAACCAAUACACAGUUAAAUCCUUGCUCUGGCAACUGCUCAAUGGCCUCAACUAUCUCCAUAGUAACUGGAUUAUCCAUCGAGACCUCAAGCCUUCUAAUAUACUGGUCAUGGGAGAAGGAGAAGAACAUGGAAUUAUAAAGAUUGCUGAUUUUGGGCUGGCUAGGAUAUAUCAAGCUCCACUAAAACCACUAAGUGACAAUGGGGUGAGUAGCUCUAUCUACAUUCCUAUUUCUAGUAAUAUGAGGGAACCAAAGGAUGGUACUUUGGUAAUGGAAUGUAGUCAUUCACUCAUUCCGCCAAGUUACCACUGGUAUUCUCAGGUUGUUGUAACUAUCUGGUAUCGUGCACCUGAGCUGUUACUUGGAGCUAAACACUACACAAGUGCUGUUGACAUGUGGGCAGUUGGUUGCAUUUUUGCCGAAUUGCUUACACUGAAACCACUGUUCCAAGGUGUUGAAGCAAAAGCUACUCCAAACCCUUUUCAACUCGAUCAACUGGACAAGAUUUUUAAGGUCUUAGGUCAUCCUACGGUCGAGAAGUGGCCUACCCUUGCAAAUCUUCCAUGCUGGCAAAAUGACCAGCAACACAUUCAGGGGCAUAAGUAUGAGAACACAGGUCUUCAUACUAUUGUUCACUUGCCGCAGAAGGGUCCUGCAUUUGACCUUCUCUCGAGAAUGCUUGAGUAUGACCCUCGAAAGCGUAUUACAGCUGCACAAGCUUUGGAGCAUGAGUACUUCCGGAUGGACCCGCUACCUGGACGAAAUGCACUUGUACCAUCUCAGCCAGGCGAGAAAAUUGUGACAUAUCCUGUUCGUCCAGUAGAUACCUCAACAGAUUUUGAAGGAACAACAAGCCUUCAACCAACUCAACCGCCAUCGGGAAAUGGACCUCCAGGAGGCCAGCCUGUACCAAGACAAAUCCCAAGGCAAAUGCAACAGCCUAUGGGUGGUAUGCAAAGAAUGCCUCCUGGUGCAAACAUGGGUGCCUUUGGCGCAGCACCCCAAGCAGGCAUGGUUGGGAUGAAUCCCGGUAACAUUCCAAUGCAGAGAGGCGCAGGUGGCCAGUCUCAUCCACACCAGUUGAGAAGGAAGGCUGAUCAAGGGAUGGGGAUGCAGAACCCUGGGUACCCUCAGCAGAAGAGGCGCUUCUGA